AGACAGGAGACCAGUUCGACACGAGAGCUCAGCGAGUGCGGACGCGCGAAACGGACGAAACGGUCGAUCGGAAUCGAAGCUAGAUAACGGCGCGUGCCAAAGCCAUAAACCAUACAACAACAACAAGAACUACAGCAACAAGCCAAUCUGUGCGAACAGAAAAUCCUGUUAGUGUAGACAUCGCAAGAGGUCUUUUAACUGCGAAUCACAUUUCCCAUAUGUGUUAGAAAAGUGAGAAACUGAACUAACGGUAAAUACAGGAAUUAUUAAAGUUUAAGCUAGAGUAGUCGAUAUGCCUGAAAUUGUGGAGUUGAACGUUGGCGGUGUCCACUACACGACGACGCUGAAGACCCUGCUGCAGGAGAAGGCGACGCUGCUGUACGAGCUGUUUGCAGGGCCGGAGGGUCGCGAGUCGCUGGCCAAGGACAGCAAGGGCCGUUAUUUCCUGGACCGUGAUGGUGUCCUUUUCCGCUAUAUAUUGGACUUUCUGCGCGACAAGGCGCUCAAUUUGCCCGAGGGCUUCCGUGAACGCCAGCGCCUGCAGCGCGAGGCCGAGCACUUCAAGUUGGCCGCCAUGCUGGAGUGCAUACGUGGCGACCGGGAUGCCCGGCCACCUGGCUGUAUCACGAUUGGAUACCGCGGCAGUUUCCAGUUCGGCAAGGAUGGCCUGGCCGAUGUCAAGUUCCGGAAGCUGUCACGCAUCCUGGUUUGUGGCCGUGUCGCACAGUGUCGCGAGGUAUUCGGCGACACGCUGAAUGAAUCACGAGAUCCGGAUCACGGUGGUCCGGAUCGCUACACGUCUCGUUUCUUCCUCAAGCACUGCUUCAUCGAGCAGGCUUUCGACAAUCUACACGAUCACGGAUAUCGCAUGGCUGGCAGCUGUGGCUCCGGCACCGCAGGCUCGGCGGCAGAGCCCAAGCCAGGCGUGGACACGGAGGAGAAUCGCUGGAAUCACUACAAUGAAUUUGUUUUCAUUCGGGACUAAGCAGCUGCGGGAGUGCAUUUCUGCUCUCUUCCGAACUUCUUAAGUUUGUGAUACCGUUAACCAUAAUUUAAACACGCCUCUUCUCUGGUCUAUAUACCCGGAAAUAGGCCAAAUCUUUGUAUUGUCGAGAGUUUUCUUAAUUUUUUAUCAAAAAUAUUUAUUUUGAAUGGGAGCAAGGCAGGCAAAUAUUUGAAAAAGAGAGAGAAAAAAUCAAGCAUUUGUCACCAAAUUAACUUAUUGGCCUAAUCUGAAUAGAAUUAUCAUCAAAUUGAAA